CCCCUCUUCUUCUCGGAUUCUCGUAUUCAUUUGAUUGUUAAUUUAUUUAUUGACUAAAUCAAUCACACCAUGUCUUACUCCCUCAAGAACCGUAACGCCCUGAUCACCGGCGGAUCCCGAGGACUGGGAGCCGUCGUGGCGCGCAAGUACGCCGCCGAAGGCUGCAAUGUCGCGAUCAAUUAUGUCUCGAGCAAGGAUGCCGCCGAGGAGCUUGUGGCGGACGUUCGCGAGCAGUAUGGGGUGAAGGCGAUUGCUAUUCAGGGGGACGCGAGCCGUCAAGCAGACUGCGCCAAUGCGGUCAAAACUACGAUUGAACAGUUGGGAGGAAUCGAUAUCAUUGUCUCGAAUGCCGGUUGGACGAAAAUCACCAAAUUCGGAGACCUGGACGCGACGGACGAUGAGGAUUGGGAUAGGUGCUGGUCGACGAAUGUCAAGGGAAAUAUGUACCUCUUCAAGGCCGCCUUGCCGACAUUCAACGCGAACCCCGACGGCGGUGUUUUCCUCAUGACGUCGUCCAUUGCGGCAGUUUCGUCGACCGGGAGUAGUAUGCCGUACGCGGUGACCAAGGCUGCCGGUCUACAUCUGAUGAAGUGUCUGGCGCAGACGCAGGGCAGUAAGGUCCGGAUCAACGCAGUCCUCCCUGGUCUUUUGCUCACCGAAUGGGGCCAACGGUUUCCCCCGGAGAUCACGCAGGCCUAUAAAGACAGGGCCGCCCUCCAGUCGGUGCCGGAAUUGGAGGACACGGCCAACGCAUAUGUCAUGCUGGCGCAGAACCAGUCCAUGACGGGACAGGCGUUGCAAGUCGAUUCUGGGUUUUGCAUCAGGUUCUGAGCAACUGAGUUCGGUGCGAAAUGACGCCAUAUUGAUUGCAGACCACGCCCCCACUCGCCCAC